AUGUCGACCGUCACUGCGACCGCCCUCCAGUCGGAGAACCCGCCCAUCAUCCCGCUGCCUUUCAACGCGAACCAGCCGCAGACAAUCAAGCUGUACCCGCUGUCCAACUACACGUUCGGCGUCAAGGAGACGCAGCCCGAGGAAGACCCGUCGGUCAUUGCGCGCCUCAAGCGCCUCGAGGAGCACUACAAUGCGCACGGCAUGCGCCGCACCUGCGAGGGCAUCCUCGUCUGCCACGAGCACAACCACCCGCACAUCCUCAUGCUCCAGAUCGCCAACGCCUUCUUCAAGCUGCCCGGAGACUACCUGCGGCCUGAGGACGACGAGGUCGACGGCUUCAAGGCCCGCCUCGACGAGCGACUGGCGCCCGUCGGCAGGAUAGGCGAGGGCGAGGAGGCUGGUGACUGGCACGUCGGCGACUGCCUGGCACAGUGGUGGCGGCCAAACUUUGAGACCUUCAUGUACCCCUUCAUCCCCGCGCACGUCACGCGGCCAAAGGAGUGCAAGAAGCUCUACUUCAUCGAGCUGCCAAAGUCCAAGGUUCUGAGUGUGCCCAAGAACAUGAAGCUGCUCGCCGUCCCGCUCUUCGAGCUCUACGACAACACUGCACGAUACGGACCCCAGCUCUCGGCGAUACCGCACCUCCUGAGCAAAUACAACUUCGAGUUUGUUAACGAGAACGACGAGGUUGUCGCGGCGACACCAGGAGUCGGCCCGGAUGGAUACGUGCCCAAGACGAAGGUGCUGGCUGGCGGAAGUGGAGGCGAUGAGGACAUGAACGACGCCAAGGAGGAGGAGAACGGCACUGCAUAG